ACCUCCAACUAACAACAACUGAGUUUAGCUGAGUCCACGCCACGUAAAACACUUCAGCCUCCAACAAUCAAAGCACCGUCCACUUAUAUUUUUCAAACUCUUCCGGCUGCUUGGAACUCAAUAAAAAAACCCGACCACCCAGUCUCACUCUCUCUCUCUAUCUCUCUUUCUUUCCAUCUUUCUAUCAUCAUCAUCUUCUAUCCUUGCAUGCUCUAGACAUGGCUUCUCUUAGAACCGUUGCUUUUAUUGCAAUCCUUCUUGUUCUGCAUCUUAAGAUUGCUGAAAGUGACUUUUUAUCUCCACUUUUGUCUCCCGUGUUUGAUGAUGUAUGCAAAGAAGUGGAAUGUGGAAGAGGAAAAUGCAGGCCGUCUUUAAAUGGAACAUUUCCUUAUUAUAGGUGUGACUGUGAUCUUAAUUGGAAACAAACUCGGGCUGACAAUGAUGAUCAUCUCAAGUUUCUCCCCUGCAUUGUUCCUAACUGCACACUAAAUUCUGCUUGUGCAGCAGCUACCUCCCCUGUGCAAGAAAAGGCAGCCAAAGCGAAUGAGUCUAUCCUUGAUAUCUGCAGCUGGACUAACUGCGGAGGCGGGUCAUGCAACAAGACAUCACCAUUUACAUAUGAUUGCAAAUGUUCGGAGGGUUAUUUUAAUCUUUUUAAUGUCUCUGCCUUCCCAUGCUACAGAGAAUGUGCAAUUGGAGUGGAUUGCUCAAACCUUGGGAUCUCAAUGUCAAAUAAGUCUACUUCCACUGCACCAACAUUGUCUCAAAGUGAUUUGAAUCAAGCUGGCUUGAAGCUUCUAGGAAAUGGUCAUUGGGUGAUAAUCUCAGUGUUGUUGAUGGCUAUGGUUGCUUGAUUCAUAUAGAUGAAGCUGAUGCUCAGGGUUUCCAGUUUCAUGAUCCAGAUAGGACAUGGAAAUUCUAGCAUCAAGCAGCAGCAUUGUUUGUUGUGUUAUGGCGAUUAUAGUUAGAUGUUAUGCUUUCUAUGUAAAUUUUUCAUCUCAUAUCAGUAAGUCUGCUUUGCUGUACAGUUUAGGAGGAAUUAGUUAUUGUAGCCAGUGCUUGCAUAUGAUGUAGGAGGAGACUUUUUGGAGUUCACUUAUGGAUGAUGGCAGUUAUUUACAGGUUGUGUGUAGAACAUCAUUGCCAUGAUUGUAUUAUUUCUUGUUAUCCAUUUAAGAGAUUCUGAGCUUGGUGUUGGUUUGUGUAAUUUAUAAUUCCUUUUA